CAACUUUAGCUCGUUAGUUUCUCGCCGAGAACGUUUCUUACACAUAAGGAAAGAGCUUACUUUAACAACUUAUUAUGUAGACACACGACUAAUAGAGGGGUUUGGUUUUAUUUUCUGUUGCUAUUAUCCCGGUUUUAGGUUUUAGUCAAAAACGGAGUUUGAGAAUGAACUUCGAAGAGGGAUGUGAACGCGGCGGUUUAAUUCAACGUUUGUAACGGGGAUUUGGGUUCAGAACUCAUUCAGAAUGAUGGCAGUUCAGCUCAAGCAUUUGGAGUCUCUGCUUCAAAAGAAUAAAGCCAUCGUGAAGAAGGACGAGCCCAGAAAGAUGACUCCAACAGUUUACACUCAGGAAAUGCUGCAGUCCACACAGGAGCGCCUGAUUAACACCACAGAGGUUCACCUGCCCCUCAGGCUGGAGAGGAUAGAAAACAGCAGCCCACAGCACAAGCAGUUAAAAACAGGCCAGCCGAUUUUCCAGCCUUAUCCAUCAGAACUGGUUUUCCAGAACUUUGUUCCCUCACACACCUAUAGUCUGCCUCUGCUUCUUCUCAACAAUGACAAGGAGGCCCAUGCUGUGACAGUGGUGCCGGAGAGUUCAGAAUAUUUUAACGUGAAGGGUCCAGGAAAUGGAAGGGUCAAAGUAGCACCAGGAUUGACUGCCAGCUUUAUGGUUUUCUUCACCCCUCAGGAGAACAAGGACUACAGCCUCCGACUGCUUUGUGUGACUUCAAGUGAACGUUUUGAGAUUCCUGUCCGUGCCAUCGGACCACGAGCCAUUCUGGACUUUAAAGAUGACAUUCGUUUGCCUCCUUGUGUAGUGAAAGCAUCCACAGAAAAAAACCACUUUGUUUCCAAUAUAGGGAAGCGUAAGGCUAAGUUCAAGCUACGCACACAAAGUCCUUUCUCAGUGACACCAUCCUCUGGUAUGGUCGAUGUUGGAGAAGGCAUCCCGGUUACUGUGGCUUUUCAUCCCAUGACUGUUGGAGACUUUCAGGAAGACCUUCUUCUGCUCUACGACACUGGUGAAAUUGUUCACAUCGGUUUGUUUGGAACUUCUGAGGAACUGCACAUGCGUUUUGAACCUGAGCCUGUAGAGCUGAAGAAGACUUAUAUUUCCCUGGUCAGCUCAGAGACGGUGUCCCUCGCCAACUGGAGUGAUAUUCCUCUAAAGUACAGAUGGACAGUGUGGCCAAGUCAGGCUAAAGAUGACCUGCUCUUAUCCAGGGAGAACUCAAUGCUUCGGCAGCAGGAGGAGAAAAAAAAAGAAAAUAUGUGUCUACCUGUUCAAUGUGAAUUUGACCCCACAACGAUCCAUCAUGUCGAACGGCAGGAAAGCAAAAGCCUCUCUCUCUCCGGCAUAACAUUGGCGCCAGCGAAGGGAGAGAUUUGGCCUAAAACUACUGCAACCUUCAACAUUAUUUUCAAACCAGAAGAGGCAAAAGUUUAUCAACACACUCUUUACUGUGAUGUUACAGGCAGUGAAUCACCGUUACCCCUUCGGAUCAAAGGUGAAGGCCUUGGUCCCAAACUCAAGCUCAACUUUAACAUAAUGGACAUGAAAGAUGUGUUUAUAGGCGACAAAGACCAUUAUGAGGUGCAAAUUACAAACAAAGGACUGAUUGACGCCCCAUUCAGAUUUUCCUGCCCUGACUCCACAUUUGGCCGAUGUUUUUCCAUCAGUCCAAAGGAAGGUGUUGUUUCUCCUGGGUUCUGCCAGACGGUAGAAGUCACCUUCCACAGUCUGACCCUGGGAAGUUUUUCUGAGGAUUUGCUUUUAACUGUCACGGGGCAGCCUGAGACUCUUACCCUGACCUUCAGGGGUUGUGUGGUUGUCCCCUCGCACCACUUUGAUGUAUUAGAUCUCAAUUUUGGCGAUGUAGCUUUUGGUUUUGCAGCCACACAGACGUGUACCCUCUUCAACACAUCCUUUGUUCCUAUGACCUUUUCUUUACACGUCAUGGGGGAUGGGACGGGAUCCCCCAGUGUCAGUAGUGCCAAGCAGGUGUCUGAUUUAUCCCGAAAGAACUGGCGGGGGUAUGCAGCCAGACAUGCCCACCUCCGGCCGGCGGAGUUCACAGUCCACCCUGAAGCUGGUACUGUGGACGCCAUGUCUAAUGUCACCAUCAAGGUGACUCUUUGCUCCAACAAAGGGAAGAAAUAUGAACUAGCGCUGGCAGUAGAUGUUGAAGGAGUCGGAAAGGAAGUCAGCAUUUUGCCGAUCAAUGCCAGGUGUGUUGUUCCAGAGCUGAGGGUAGAGCCUGUGUGUUUGGAUUUUGGAAGAUGUUACCUGGGUCUUCCCUAUGAACAGAAUGUGCAGCUGAUCAACACCAGCAGCCUUCCUGCCUGUUACGGAGUGCUAGAUCAGGAAACUGAGGAAAGUACAACACUAACCUGCGGCAGCUCUGUUCCCAGAGGAAUUGUUCCUCCUGGUAGCUCAAAGGAGAUUCUUGUCUCCAUGACGGCUCAUGCUGUAGGAAGGCUACAGACCUCUCUACGCAUCGUGGUGUUUGGCAGCCUUUAUCAGCCUCUGGAGGUUGUUCUGUCGUGUAUCGGACAGGGACCCAUCGUUUGGGUUCCCAUCACACAGCUGAAGUUUGGCAGUAUUCCUGUUCUGACAGAUGAAACUCGAACGCUAUCGCUACUCAACCAAUCUCCCAUUCCUGCUCACUUCAACACCUCUAUGACCCGUAAAAACUCCUUCUGGCGUGUGGAACCCAGUGAAGGGGUGUUGCCACCGGAGAGCCAGCUAAAUCUAAAGAUAGUGGCACAUCUGAAGGACAUGCUUCCCUUCCUGGAUGAGCUGCAAGUGUUUGUGCGGGACAGUCGGACACACACCGUCUCCCUGUCAGCCAAAGGCACCGGGACAACAAUAGUCAGUGACAAACCUUUGGGGCCUAACCUCGACCUGGGGACACACUUCUGCGAUACUCCAUACCAGUAUCGAUUCAAGCUGACCAACCAUGGUCUGCGUCCUCACCGAAUGUUCUGGAAGGUCGGUGGCAUCCUGGCUAUUCCACGACAGCCUGUAGACAUCUCCGGUAGAACGCCAUUGCCUCCAAUCGGCUGCUCUGGACGGAGAGAUGCUCAGAGACAAAGACUUUCAUCCAGCAAAGAGAAAACAAUGAUCAGCGUCAGCCCUGCUUGUCUGGACCUAAAGCCUGGCUGCUCUGUUGACAUGGUGCUCACAGCAUCCUCUGAUUCCCCCAAGGUUCUUCACGAGCGCCUUGUGUGCGACAGCAUCAUUGGUGGACAUGGUAUUCAGGAGACCAUCAUGUCUGUGGAAGUAAUGUGUCGAUUUGUUUCUCCAAAGCUCAGCAUUUCCUCAAAGCAGCUGAACUUUUACGUAAAGAAGGUUAAGGGGAGCCUCCUGCCUGUGUAUGAGAGGCUAGUCUUACUCAAUGUUUCCCCUUUGCCUCUGAGGCUGGAGCUCAGUGUUACAGAGCCUUUCUCUUUGUGUGAGUCUCCCGGAGAAAACAACUCGACCACAACCAAGUUUAUGGUUGUGAAGGAUGAAGGUCAAUUAGAGCUCUGGGUCUGCUUUGAUCCAUCUUUAUGUACCGACUUAGUAUCGUGUAUUUUAGAUAAGACCCUCAAAUUAAAAUACUUGGAACAUCAACAACAAGACAUUGUGAAGUUGCAUGCUGAGGUCCACUUACCAACACUUCAGUUUUCUUCAACCACAGUGGAUUUUGGUUGCCUGCCAAAAAACACAGCUGCAAAGAAAACUAUAACAAUCACCAACUGCUCCUCAGUUCCUCUAUCCUACCACUGGGCUUUUCAAAAAUGCCCAAAACUCCCCCAAAUCAGAAAACCAGAAAUGGUAACAACAGAGUGGGAUCAGCAUACAGAGACUGAAGCCUCUCAGUUCUCUCCCAGACCUAAAGCAGAUGAUCAGGGCAGCUCACCAAACCCUUUACAUGUGGAUGAGGUUUUUGACAUCCUACCCAUUUAUGGUGUUUUGAAUCCUCAUGACCAACAGCUCAUGACUUUCUCAUUCCACAGCCAUGAGAACACCUGUACAGAGGUGGUGGCUCAGUGCUAUGUUGAAGAUGGACCGACGUAUACAGUCCCAGUCAGAGUAGAGACCUCAGAAUUCUCCUACAGUAUUGAAUCAACCUAUCUGGACUUUGGAUCCGUGCUGUUUUACUGCGUGAGUGAAGUUAAAAUGUGUGUUAGGAAUACUGGCAAAACCGGCUUUCAAUACAGCAUUAAACACCCUUCAAAUGCAGAGGAGACUGAAGGGGUUGAUAAAGAGAGAGGAGCACUGAUUAUUGGACAGAAAAUGACAGCUGGACGGCCCUUAGUACUUCCAGCUGUGGGUUACAUUGAUGCUGGUUCUGAGAAGCAGCUGCGUGUGCUUUAUCUGCCUGGCAUCCCUGAGCGGUUCGAGAAGCAGUUUCAUCUUGAAGUGCCCUUCUUAGAACCACAGGAGAUAAUUCUGACUGGGAUGGGAGUGUUCCCAAUAGUCCGAGUGAAUUUACCACAAAACCUGUCUGAGGAGCACUACAGAGAUGUGGUGCAGCAGGCGAAAGCAACUCUGAAUGCUCAGGGAGUCAGACCGGAGCCUGGACAUGAAGUCACUGUUGACGAAGGAGCUGAAAAACAGGCUGAGUAUGAAGAGUUGCUCAACGUGGAAGUUGAGAACCUGCUGGUAAGAGAUUUCAUCCUCAGUGACUCUUAUCAUUCUCGGCAAGAUCUGAGCAAAUUCAUGCUUCCAGGGUAUAAGCUGGAUUUUGAUUUAGUGUUUCCAGGCCAAGUCUUCAGUCAGACAGUGACCGUCAUUAAUAAGGGAGCCAUUCCUGUGUCCUUCUAUACUGACAACAAACAUCUAACAGGCACAGGUUUUACACCAGAAUUAGAAGGUGUGAAGAGCCUUGAUCCUGGUGAAACUCAGACUUUCUCAAUCAAAUUUGAUUUUCAAUCUUCCAAUGCAGAGACUGGGCAGACAAAAGUCAUUCUGCUGAUAAAGCUCACAGAUGGUCCAGUGGUUCCGAUCCAGCUGUGUGCUGACAUCAGCAUGCCGGAAAUCACUGUUUCAAAAGACAUGCUGCUGUUUGACACAGUGCAGUGUGGCAUGUGUCAGAUUCAAACAGUACAGCUGCAGAACUAUCAAAUUGUGCAGUGUCGGUGGAGCAUGGCUGAAGAGGUGAAACCUCUUAAAAAGCAGCAACAACGAGCUCCAGCAGUAUUCCAGAUGAUUCCCUGCUCUGGUGUGCUUUUACAUGGAGAACAAACGACGGUCCAUGUCCUGUUCAGUCCUGUCAAAGGGUGUUCAUACAGAAGACGGCUGGUGGUCAGAGUGUCUGGCAGCAAGCAGCAGGUCUUCAUUACAGCUCAGGGUGAUGCUGAAGAGCCACAGCUCGACUUCUGCCCAUCUGUCCUGGAGUUCGCACCGUGUCUUCCUUUUAGCUCAGAGUCUAAAGCCGAGGUCAGAGUGAAAAACCUCUCCUCCUUCCCCGUCGAGUUUUACUCCCUGGAGUUCGACACACAGUACCUGAAGGAGGAGGAGAUCCUGCGGCGAAUACAGGAAUAUGAUGACAACGACACUCUGUUGCUCCCCCCCAGGAUUCCUGGAGAGGGUCUUCCUGCAGAGCUGCUGGAAUAUUGCUCCCAGCUAAAGGAUGAUGAGCUGAAUGUUGGCAUGGGGGAGAAUGAAAUAGAGAAAGAUGGAAAAGAAAAUGAUGAGGAGAAACUGGAACCAAAUGAAGCGCCCGUUAAGAGGAACUCAUUUAGAAUGAAACCAGGUGUAUUCCUUGUUUCACAGUUAACCAGAGAGGGAAUCGGUGCGAAUCAAAGACAGCUGGAGAUGACCCCUCUCACAAGAGCGAUCGCCCGCCAUAUACAGCCUGUCCUUUCACAUGAUACAGCCACAGCAUAUGCGCACGGAGCAAUUGCUAUCAUUGUAUAUGGAGCCCCCCUGACAGAUAAAAGCAGCAUGGCAGCAAGUUUGGCACGUCACUAUGGGGCAGUUUGCUUAAGUGUUGAUGCUGUGAUCACAGAUGCGAUUCAAAAUGGCGUUACUCCAGCCAGCCUAUCAGCGAGACAACUUUAUGAUGCUGCUAAAGCUGAUUAUGAUCAGAAAAAGACUGCAGAAGCUGCCAAAGCCAUGAAGGAAAAAGAUGGAGUCGAACCUGCACCGUAUCCUGAAAGCUCAGAUCCUGAUUCAGAUUCAUUUUUGGCUAACCUUGAAGAUCUUGCUGCAGAGCAGAAUGAGAAGGAAUGCAGUCAAAAUCUCUGCACAGCUCCCCUAAAGUCAGAAAGUACAACCAAAGAUUGUUCUGUGGAAAGAAAAAUGUCGACAGUCAGUUUUUUGCUACCUGAACAGCUGUUUGUUGAAAUCCUUACAGAAAGAUUUCAGUUCAGCGAUUGUGACCAUGGAAUAGUUAUCAACAGCCUGGAUUCUAUUUAUACUCCGUGUCCAUCGAGCACACUUCAAGGUGUCCUCAAAGCCUUCAGUAAUCGCAAGCACAUCUACGUAGUCAACUUGUUUGACAGCUAUGUCGCCCUGAAGAAACGUGAAAGACAGCAGAGAGAAACUGAGGAAGCCUUACAGAAUGAGAUAGCUGAACAGGAGGAGAGGCACCUUUGGGAAUUGGAUCAGGAGAACUUUGAUGCCUUGCCUGAUGAAGAAAAGGAGAAUGUUACCCAGCGACACUUGGAGGCAAUUCAAAAAAAGAAAGAGAGGGAAAUUGACCAGAAGGCAAAAGAAGAUAUAGAAAGAAGGCAGGAAGAGGAGAAGCUGAAAGAGAGAGAUACGAGGAAAAAGAGGAGAAAAGAUGAAAAGCCGAAAACUCUGGAAGUUCUGCAGACGAAAACUUCACGAGAAAUAGAGCAGAGUAUCGUGGAUAAUCUGCAGUGUGAGUUUGAAAAAUACAAGCAGAUUCAGGCCAAGGUGGAUCAGAUCCUGCAGGUGUGGGACCGAGUCCAGGGCUCCCUAAUGGAUUCUGUUCUAGCAGAAGAUACCUGUCCAAGUUCAGAGGAACCUUUAAGAAAGAAAAAAGUGAACAUGAUCAUUUUGAAAAUAAGAAAGAAAACUGUUAAAACUGUCCGAAGAGUGCACAAUAUAAUCCCUCACAUUAUGGUGAAUGUAACGGCAAAUGGCUGCCAUAGUUUCCAAGAAAUGCGCUUUUACAGCCCCCUGCCUUCUUUGAAUACGAUUCUGGAUGACUUGAGUUCAACACCUAGUAGCCUUCGGCGUAUUCCUCCUGUCACACUCUCUGUUGUUGCUUUUCCUAAGCACAGGGAACAGCCUAAAGUUCAUCAGACAUGUUUCACCUUUCUGAAUCCAUCAUGGCAGAAUGAGGAGGAGGAGGAGAAGAAUGAUCCAGAGGAAAUCAAACAUAGAACAACUCCAAAGGAAAAGGCAGCAGGCUCUAAACGUCACAAAAGAGACUCCGAUUACAAGACCAAAGAGAAAAAAGGGAAAGAACGUAGCAUGAGCAUAAGUCCUCACAAGAUCAAAUCAAAGAUUCCAGAGAGUUUGACUGUGUUCCGCUGGGUUGUACCUGCCUACAGUGAGGUUGUUCUGAAACUGGGGUUCUACUCAGAGUCACCAGGAAUCUUUGAGCAGGUCUUCAAUUUUGAAUUAGCUGGAAGCUGCAAACUCUACCAACUCACCUGCAGAGGAGUUUGCACCUACCCCUCCAUCUGCAAAGAUUACAGGACACUUUUUACUCACAGCAAGAAGGCAGCACAAGAGAAAGAAGACCUUCAGAAGACCUACGUAAUCAAACCUGGUUAUUUUGAGUUUGGACCUUUGCUUUACAGCAAGACACGAGAAAAAUACAAGAAAAUUCAAUUUUCAGAGAACUCUCAGAGGCUGGUAAUUCAUAACAACUGUGCAUUGGAGGCAGAGGUCCAGUUCAGUUUCCAGCAUGACACUCAGGCCACAACUUAUCUGUUUGAUCCUCCUACAAUGAAGCUCAAACCUGGACAACAAGAAGUGAUGACAGUCUGGGCAUUCCCAACCACUCCGGGACAGAUAAAAGACAGCUUAGUUUGCAACAUAAAGGACAAUCCUGAGCCUGUCCUUAUAAACUUUUCCUGCUGGGGCAUCUGUCCACAACUGGAGCUGGAGACCAACAAUUUAAACUUUGGCAGAAUUCUGCUGCGCAGGAUUGACAGACGACGCAUCACGAUGCAUAAUAAGACAAUGUUACCACUGUCUUGGACACUGCAGGGUGUAGACGCUUUGGGAGAUGAGUUUAUGAUACAUCAAGAACAAGGCGUCAUUCAGCCAAACUCCUCCUUUCUUCUACAUGCGCAAUUUAGUGCCAAGAAACCAGUCCUUGUUAAGAAACAAUUACGCCUCGAGGUAUACGAUGUAGAGAAAAUCCUAGGAAUCCUGCAGACUGAAAACAUAGCAGUUUAUGCUGAAGCCUAUGAUGUAGAUCUGAAGAUCGAUCCAGCCACCAGUUUGGCCUUUGGAAUAAUCAGAGGCCUUGCAGAUGCCAAACAGCAGCUAACACUCACAAAUAAAGGAAAAUACGACUUAGCCUUCAAGUUUACCUUCGGGCAUCCUGACCCAUCACUCGCCAACAUAGGGUCCAUGUUCACAGUGUCUCCACAGAGCGGUACUCUAUUGGCCCAUGGGAAAGCUGAAGUGAUAGUGAUCGUCUGCAGACCGGAUAAGGAAGUCUCAUUGGAAGAAGAACCCAUCCUAAGCUGCCAGGUGAUUGAACCCAACUUGAGAGGAGGAGAAAUCAUAGCCAUCUUAAAUAUCAAGAUUUCAAUGCAAGCUGUUUUCUCCAGAUACAGGAUAACACCUGUAUGUGAUAUUGACUUUGGUCCGCUGGUAUAUGGCACUGAAAAAACCCUAAACUUCACCAUCGAAAACACUGGAUUCUUUCCAAUUAAUUUCAACCUGACCAGCAACGUCUUAGAACCUGUGAAGCAAGCAAGGCCCGGAAGACGAAGUAGGAUGUUACAUAGAGAGAGCGCUUCAGCCAAGUCUACCCGCUCUGCUCAUGAAUCAAGACUAGAUUUUCAUCCGAAAGAACCAAAUACUCGGGAGACUUGUCUCUACUUGGGCAUUUUUUCCGUGUCUCCCUGCACCGGAAAACUGCAGCCUGGGUCUAAGCAGCAGAUAAAUGUGUCCUGUGUUGCUGAAAGGCUUGGCACCUUGACCCAGACCAUGCUUAUUGACAUCAGUGACCGCAACCCAUUAGACCAGCCUGAUGGUAUCCCAUACAGACUGCUUGCUGAGGUCUGCAAACCAGGUAUUGUGGUAGACCCAGUGUCCAUCUUUGAAGAACACUAUCUGUGUCAGAGCAGCAGCCAGCUGUCCUCAGAGCCCCUCUUCAAUAAUGAGGGUGUUUUUGUUGUAAAUGAGAAAACAUUUGUCUUCAAUAAAGUUCUGGUGGGGCGAACUGCUCAAGCCCGCUUAAAACUCACCAACAAGACCAAUGUGUCCUGCACACUAAACCUGGCCAUCAAGUAUGGUGGGACCAAGACAUCGCAACAGUUGGAGGUUUUUGAUUUGCCGACAUCAACUCUGAACAUAGGCAGCCAGUCACACACCUUUGCUGUGGUCACCUUCACACCACAGGCCAUCCGUCCUUACAGCGCGGUGUUUGAAGCCACAGUGAAAGCAAUCUACAGACCCAAACUCAUACCCAUGAACCAGACCCUGGAGUUUCAGCUGGCUGGAGAGGGGACUCUCCCCACUGUCAGUAUCUUGCGUCCAUCUCGAGUAAACAAUGAAGGAAACCCAGAAAUGCGUUUUGGACGAGCUUCGGUCGGACAGAGACGAACUUUACCUUUGGUGCUUCUCAAUGAUGGAAAUAUUGCAGCUGAGGUCCAGAUUGACAUGCUGGACAAACAUGGUGUGUUAAAAAUACAACUCCCUCCUGAGAGCAGCAGCAGUUCUGUCCACUCAUCAGAGGGUCACUUGAUUCACAGAACUACUGCAAAGUUAGACGUGAAUGAACAGAAGAGGUUUGAGGUCAGCUUCUGCUCCGACCAAUCGCUGGCUCUUCAGACGACGAUGACAGUGCAGGUGAUGGACAACCAGUACAGUAACAGCUCAAUACACGUGACAGGAGAGGCUGUUAAGCGUACUGUGUCCUUUAAUAACUUCAGAAGGUCAUGGCAGGAUGGAGAAGAUGAAGUGGGAGGUUGUUAUGACAUCGUUCAUUUUGGUGACUGCCAUGUGGGUCGUACAUACCAAGAAAGUUUCACCAUGACCAACCACAGCAGCAGCCAGGUGGUGAGGUUUGAAUGGCCUCCCAGUGAACCCAACGUCACGUUUUCACCACAGAUUGGGCAUCUUCAUUCUGGUUGUUCUAAGGAGGUGACCGUCACCUUUUCCUCCAGUCAGCCGCUGACUCUGAAGCAGCCAAUCAGAUGUAAAAUCUGCCAGGUGGAGUUCAAGGAGCCAAUAGAGGAGGUGGCUGACUGGGAUGACCGUCACCGAGCGCUGAAACGGCAAAAUUCGGGUUCUGAUGAAUCUCAAAAGCCUGAGAGUAAAAAGGUGACAGAGACGGAUCCUGAGCCGGUCUGUUCUCAGGUCCAAGGCUCUCAGACGGAGCUGGAACUGGAAAUCAGAGCAGUUUGUGAUUAUUCAAAGUUUACCUGCAGCUGCGACACCAUUCAUUUCAAAGAUACUUUGCUUUUCCAAACCACACUCCAUCAACUGCAGAUUAUCAAUGUGGGCUCUGUACAAGUGGAUUUCUCCUGGCAAGUCCAAAUGGAUGAGCACAACAAGAUAGCAGAUCCUAUAGGAGAGGAGAGGAGGAGAGACGGCCGUUGCAGCAGCUUACCCGGGCUGCCCAGUGCUGGGAGCAGUGUGACGUCACCCCGGAUUGGAAACCCAGACCUUCCUCCCUUCAGCGUGGAGCCUAGAAGCGGAUCCAUAAAUCCUGGAGUUACUCAGAACUUCAACAUUUGUUUUUCACCUGUGGAAGUAGCUCAGUUUCAGGGCAGAUUAAUCUGCAGCAUUCCAAACAUGCAGAGGAGCGAUCAGGUUCCUUGUGUUACUGUGUCUGGUCAGAGCCUGCUCCCAGAGGUUCUUUUUGAGUUAGAUGAUACAGACUACAUCAGGAACACCAGCCGACUUCUGGACCCUAGCACUCAGGUGUUAGAGCUCAAAGCCGUUGGACUUUCAGCACCAACAAAAAGGUUUUUUAAUGUGAUGAACCCGACUAGGACGGCUUACUUGUUUAAGUGGAGGUGUGAGGACGCAGCGCAGAGUUCUUUACGUUGUCUAACACCUUUUGGGACCAUUCCACCUGGGAAGAAAAUGGAGAUGUGUUUUGAAUAUGUUGCUGAACAUCUGGAGACCGUGGAGUCACUGUGGAGCUUUUUGAUUGAGAAUCUGUCUCUUUCUUUUCCCUUCCUUUGUGUGGCCGCUGCUCGGGAACCACGUGUCUAUCUGGACAGACCUCGUCUUAACUUUGGGGAAUUAGUUUGUGGACAUGAAGUGGAGCAGACAGUUUAUCUGGUGAAUGCCGAAGAGGAACCUUUCCACUUCUCCGUCCUACAGUCAUCUCUUCUCUCUGAAGAUCAGCAGUCCAGCCUAAGUUUGAAGCCCAUGAAUGGCCCAGUGAUGCCCAAAAAUAGGUUACCACUGUUGGUGAGCUUCACACCUUAUUCAGAGGGAAAGUUCAACUUCAGACUGAAUCUGACAGUAAAGAGGAAGUUGGAACCACUCUUACUGAAUGUUAAGGCUGAUUGUUUCAUCAUGAGCGCUUUAGUUCAGAUUCAGGAGCAAGAUGGAAACCUCAGAGAGAUCUUCACAAACCAGGAAGAAACAGUAGACUUUGGAAAGGUGUGCAUUUCAGAACAAGGCAUCCAUCAUUUCCUGGUGUCCAAUCUUUCAAGGUCCAUUUUGGAAGUAAGCUUUGAGUUGACAGGCCCGAGAAAGAAACUUCAAUACUUAGAGGUGAAACCACAAAGCGAUGCUGUCCAGGUUGGGAAGCAGCUUCAGGCAUCAGUGUUCUUCUGCCCACAGAGCCUUUGCAACCUACAUGAUGUCAAAUUAAUUGUCAAGGUGAAGCAUGGCCCAACGUUUACUGUCUCUAUUAAAGGCGUAGCUGUAGCUCCCAGCGUUGAGUUCUCUUUCACCAAGUUCGAUUUUGGGAAGUGCUUCCUGUUCUCUCCGGGAAUGUCGCCAUCAUCACAAACUCUUAUCAUUCACAACAAGGACACAAAGGAAGUCAGUAUCGAAUGUCAGUUCAAAAACACGGCAUUCUUGGAGGUGGACUUCCAACCAGACGUUUUGGGACCUGGAGCUGUGAUGGAGGUACCGAUCACCUUCUAUCCCCAGAGGACUUGUCACUACAGUCGAAAGCUCACCUUCGUCUUAAACGGCUGUGUCACCAAACAUGUGGACAUAGAGGGACAAGGCACUGACUUAAAGCUGGAAGUCAAGGAUCCCCAACAAAAAAGGGUGAAGCUGGGAUCUUUGACUUUGGGUCAGAAGGUGAACAAACACUUGGUUCUAAUCAACCGCAGCCUCUUAGACAUUUCUUUCACUCUGGCACUAAAGACAAACACUCCCCUGGAUUCAAAGGACCUGUCUAUCAUUCCUGCAGGUGAACUGAUACUGGAAUCUGGUGGCGGCUCCUGUAAUGUUGAGAUUCAGUUCUCACCACAGCACUGCAUCCCUCCUUUCUCUGCUGAGCUGCAGGCAAAGUUUGCAAGCUUCUCCCACCCCCUGCUGACCAUCGAGGGCUGCUGCAAGGGGGUGGAAGUCCAUUUGGACAGGAACCAUGUGUCAUUUGGAGCUGUGGUCCAGCACUGCAAGGCCAGCACCAAGAUUGUCAUGAUGAGCUCCGGUGCUGCUGCAGCCAGAUUUCACUGGCAAACAGAUUUACCGGCAGAGUUGUCCAUCAAACCGAUGAAAGGAUACAUCCUCCCAGACAAAGACGUGACCUUUGAGAUGACCUUUGCCCCUGUGAAACUCAGUGAUGACAUACGAUAUGAGAAUCUGUCCUGCUUCAUCGAAGGUUCCUCCCCCGUUGACCUGACUGUCACAGGCUCCUGCAUUCCAGCCUCUAUCAACAAAGAGGGGUUGAAUUUUGCUUGUCGCGUUCGAAGCUGUCAAACUCAGAGCCUGUCCGUUACCAACCCGUCCAGUGAGCACUGUACCAUCAGACCUGUCAUCACGGGUGAGCAGUGGAGUGCUGCUCUCCUUCUGACCUUUGAACCCAACCAAAGCAAGACAUUUGACAUCACAUAUAGACCACUGACCGUAACCACUGAUGGCCAAAAACACCUGGGAUCAGUUUUUUUCUCCUUUCCUCUUGGAAGGGGAAUGCUAUUCAACCUGCAGGGAACAGCUUCUCCUCCCAAAGCAGAGGACACUAUCACCUGUGAGCUGCCUGCCAAAACUAAACACGAUCAGGUCCUUGAAGUCAACAACUGGCUCUCCAAGAAACAGAGUUUCUCCGUGCUACUAGAAGUUGUUGAACCAGAGAAAACAGACCCUACGGUGUCCCUCAAGGGACACGAGUCCAUCGAGGUUCCUGCUUUGACAAAGAAAGACUAUAAGUUGUCUUUCUUUGCAUAUAGAGAGGGGGAUUACAACACCAAGGUGACGUUUCGUAAUGAGGUAACAGGUGAGUACCUGUUUUACCUCAUUUACUUUAAAGUUAGGCCUCCAGGGGUGCUGUCCACCAUCAAAAUGGAGACGCCCGUUCGUCGGGUAGCCUCAGCUACUGUAGAUGUGAAGAACCCCCUGACCACAGAUACCAGCUUCACCACUGAGUGUAAAUGUAGCGACAUUAAGGUCCUACCUCAGCUCACCCUCCCAGGACAGACCAAGGAUGUUCUGAGACUUGAAUAUCUUCCUCUUCAUGUUGGGGAGGCUACCUCUCGGUUCACCCUGUUCAGUAGUGAUCUGGGUCAUUUUCACUACAAUCUGCUUCUCAAAGCUCUGCCCCCACCAGCAGAAAAGAUGGUCCACUUCCAGGCUGCUCUGGGUACCUGCCACUCUAUCCCCGUUAAGUUCAUCAACUACUCCCCCAUCGUCACCACGUACACCUGUAAGACGGACUGUCCUGAUUUUAGCUUGGACAGCGCUGUCCACGCUUCGCCCGGGUUUCCUUUAGGGUCGGAGGUCAUGGUGGAAGUUCGUUUCGAGCCACAUCAGUUUGGGGAAGUGCGGGGACAGCUCAGCCUGGCGUCAGAAGAUGGAGGGGAGUACGUCUUUCCUUUGUGUGGCGUCUGCGUUCUCCCCAGACCUCAGGGACCUUUCAGCAUCAUGGCGGGUGGCAGCAUCACCAUUCCCUUCAAGAACGUGUUCCUGAAAACAACCACUUUCUAUUUGAAGGUUGACAAUCCCUGCUUCAGUGUGAAAGAGGUGGACAGCAUCCCCUCUAAAAAGAGGAAGAACAUUCUGGUGUCCUUUGAAGCUCCUCCAGGAGGGUCUGCUCAGCUUUCCUGGUCUGGAAAGCUGACCGUCAGCAGCCAGCGCUCCAAGGGCCACAGCGAGCAAUGUUCAUGGGUCUUUUACCUGCAGGGCAAGCUACCUAAAUGACUUUUUCAUUGCAAGCCAAAGACAGACGGCUAUGCCUUUUAUACGUUCACUCAGCUUCAGUUUUCCCUAUUUUGUUUGUCUAGAUUUUAGAACGUAUAAUUUAAUAAAGUCUGCAGAGAAGCACUUCCUGUUACUGCACAGUU